AUGACCGGUAAUGCUUCAACCUUGUGUUUAUUAAAGGGUGACAAUAACUCAUACUAUUCAAAAGCACAUACAACUGUUGUUGCGCAUCACGCUUACGAACCCCAACGAGACGAUGAACUGAAAUUCAACGCUGGAGACAUCAUCCAAGUUACCGACAGCUCUGACCCCGAUUGGUGGAUUGGCAAAAAGGAUGAUGGCACGAGUGGUUUCUUUCCAAGCAACUUUGUGAACCCCAAGCAAGAUACUCCAGAAGAACCCAAGCAAGAUGAUGAAAAGUCGACGAGUGUUGAAAAGGACGAUGCAGCAAAAGAGGAUGCUACUGUCAAAAAGGAUGAGGAAGAACAACAAGAACCCAAAGAAGCAUCUGAAGAAGCUGAAGCACCACCUCCUGCCAAGGCUAUUGGUAUGGCACGUGUGAUGGAGGAUUACGCUAUGCAAGAGUCCGAUGAAUUGACGCUACCCCGUGGUGCCAUUGUCACUUUGUAUGAACGUCUCGAUGAUGGUUGGUUCAAGGGUGAACUUAAUGGUCGUUCAGGUCGUUUCCCUGGUCAAUACAUUGAAGAAAUCGAUAUGCCUGGUGCUCCCGAAUUUGGUGCUCAUGCAGCUCCCAUGGCAAAGACUGAAGGUGGUGCAGCAGAAGGUGCUGAAUCCAACAAGCCUGCAUUCAAGCUCGCUGCCUAUGGUGUCAAGCAAGGUGGUAUUGGUAGUCUUUUGGCUGGCGGAUUUCCUACAUUGAAAAAGACCGGCGCUGCAAAGAAACCACCUGUGCCUGAAUCGGCUACAAGCCCUACUGCCGCUGCACCUGCCACUGCACCUGCUCCAGCUCCAGUGCCUGAAAAGAAGGCUAGUGUACCUGAACCUGUCCAAUCUGAACCAGAAAAGAAAUACAUUGGCAAGGCGAUUGUGCUUCAUCCAUAUGAUGCCGAGAAUGAUGACGAGCUCAGCCUUUUGCGUGGUGAAUAUGUGAACAUCAUUGACAAGGAAGUGGAUGAUGGUUGGUGGAAGGGUACUACUGAGCGUGGCAAUACCGGUGUAUUCCCAAGCAACUUUGUCAAGGAGAUUGAGGAGGAAACCAUGGCAUCACCACCCCCUGUUCGUACUCGUAAAUCUGUUACAUCAGCUGGAUCGCAACAAUCAUUUAGUUCGGCAUCAUCAAAGAUUGGAGCUACAGUCCGUGCACCACCAUUGCCAGACAAAUCUUCUCGUCCUCCUUCAACAGCAUCAACCACUGGAAGACCUGAAUCUGUACAUGAAACAACCUCUGCUGCCGAUUCACCUGCACCCAUUCCUGAAGAAGAGACACCAUCCACUACCAACGAUAAAGAGAAUGAUGUCCCUGCUGCUGCUGCUCCCACCCAACAAUCUCCUCCACCACCUACUAGUGAGCCUGCACCAGCUACUCCCACUGAAGAAUCUGAAAAGAAUGAGCCUACAUCAACUAGUCAAGAAGAGCCCAAGGUGGAAGAAAAGCAGGCAACAUCUCCUCCUGUACCUCAACGACCCACAUCCAUCACUUCGCCUUCUUCAGUGACAUCACCAUCCAUUCCAGAACGACCUUCCAGUGGCAAUGUUGAGGCUACACCAUCACCCUCUAUUCCAUCUCGUCCUUCAAGUAUUACUUCGGAUGCCGCUGCUGCUGGUGCUGCUGCUCCACCAUCCAUUCCUAGAAGACCAUCAAGCACUACUACAACACCUGCUGCACCUGAACGACGUCCUUCAUCGAGUAGUGAUGUUUCUUCAACCGCCCAACAACAAUCUCCAUCCCCUGCACAAGAGCAAAAAGAAUCGCCAUCCAUUCCUGAAGAGGUUGAAGAAGAAAAGCCAUCAUCGCCUGUGCAAGAAAAGCCAAAGGAAGAAGCAUCUUCACCUACACCUGCAUCAAAGGAAGAGUCACCCAAGCCUGAAGCAGUAGUAGAUGAGACCACACCCAAGGAUGAACCUGUUGAGGAGGAAAUCAAACCUGAGGGUGAGAAGCCUGUUGAAGAAGAGAAACCAGAAGCAGCAGCUGAAUCGCCCAAGGAAGAAUCAGUGGAAGAAAAGAAAGAAACUGAGACGACUGAAGAGCAAGUUGAAUCACCCAAAGCUGAGGAACAACAUGAGGAAGAAGAAAAGAAAGGAUUUGAUAUGCAACCCACUGGUCCCAAGUUGACAGCACCCUCACGUGCUCGCCCUGGUAGAUCACGACGUGCACCAGAGACUCGUAAGGAGGAACCAAGUCAAAUGGAAAUGCUUCAACAACAACUUGCCGAGGAACCUGCUGUUGAAGAAGAGCAACCUAAAAAAGAGGCACCAUCCCCACCUGCCAAACCAGUCAAGCCCAUCUUUGCAAAGUUUCCGACACCUUUUGCUGGUGGUGCUGCGCCUGAACUUAAGAAUCUCAAGCCUGUUCAACGUCGUAUGUUUGAGCCUGCACCUGCUCAUGAGUCUACUGAUAAGGGAGGUGAAGAACCACCACGACCCACAGGCGUGCGUAACAUUGCAUCCCGCUUUAAUGUGCCAUCCAGUGGGGGCAACGAGGUAUUGGAGACCAAGAUGAAGAACUUUACCAAGAAUGAGAUUGAAAAGACACGCAAAGACUUGGAACGACAAUUGGAAGAAGAGCGUGAGAAACGAGCACAAUUGGAGCAGUUGGUAGCAUCUUUGGCAGAGCGAGUGGAUCAGUUACAAUCACAGCUUGGACAAUAA